GUGCCAAACCAACGACAAGAAGAGAAAGAGAGUAGCCACAUUGAAUUUUUUCAUCGAGUCAAUGCUAAAAAGCAUUUUUAAUUUUUAAAAUGACUAAUUUUGUAUUAGUAGUUUUUGUUUACUUGUUUAACAGACCAAUUGCUUUAUAUAAUUAUAUCAUAAAAUUUGGUACAAUUGGGGAAAAUGAUGUCGUCAUAUUCUUUGAGUACUAUUGGAUACGUAACUUUAUGUGCAACCCAUUUCAUGUAAUCUUUCGCAAGCGGAUCCUGCACUUGAUAACUGCCAGACACAAAUGCUUAGAGACAGCGGCAAGGACGCCUAGGGAAGAACAGAGCUACAUGCAACGGAAGUUAAAUGUCUACGAGGCAAGAUGCUUACGCGACUUGGAAAAAUUCAUAAAGUAUAUCAAGUCGAUGCCGUCACGUGAAAAAACUACCUUGCAAAGUGUUCGCCAUUGUAGCAAAGGAGGCUCUGAAUGUAAAACGGAGUUUAACGUCUCCAGGGUUUACACAAUCAGAUCCAACAGAGGUCAACAUUCUUCUGAAAAGGAGUUCAUCACCAUUCGCCAAUUUCUUGAACACGCUCUGAUUAGUAAAGACUUUUCAAAAGCAACUGCUGUGGCAUUUCAAAAGAAAGAAUCACUGCCAGCAGACAAUAGUUUGAUCUUUGCCAAGAACAUGCCCAAAACAAGGGCAAAGUCAUACGCCAUUAAUGACAUGAACUUGACCAGCCUGAACUCGUAUGCUACGGAAGGCAAAAAACACGUUCUUGAAAGAUACCCGCUGAGAAGACCGUUAGAAAUCCCGAUCAUUGCUUCGUCCAAAUUUCCAGGAAAUUCCUUAAUUUACACGGUAUUAUCACUCAGAUUUUACAUGGAUUUGGUAUUGAAAAUUAAUUACCUACAAUCGCUAGCUUUUACAGUGAAAAGGUGUUUAAGAAAUAAUUGGAACGGGCUGGUUGCGUACAAAAGCUUAACGGAGUCAUUCGCGAGCUUUUUAAAUGACAAGAAAUAUAAUAUAAAUUGUUGCAAGCUUGUGUCGGAGUUUUUUUAUGCCCCGCCUAGGGAUCAAAGCAACAAUUUAAAAGAUAAUGAUAAAUAUAAGAAGAGAGGACCAGAUAGAAUUACUACAACAGCUAAGGGGAAAGAACGCAAUACGAAGAGCUUAAACAAACGGAUAAAACGCCUUGUACUGUCCUUCGUUUUCACUUCGUUGGCCUUCACAAGAUAUCAUGGGGAGUUUGACAUUUUUUAUCAAAGCAGCGUGAGACACGAUAGCGUAUCUUACAGGAGCGGCAAGUGUUUCGAUUUCGGAAAAGCAUCAAUCGCUCCCGUUGAAGAAUUUUACGGGAAAGGGAAGGAUACAAUGUUCAGCUCGUAUUGGCUGCCGUACUCACACAAUGACCCGUGUUUCGUGUACACCCUGCACGCGCAAACAACAAAUGCGACACAAGACGAUGCAUCCGCUACUGACAGUCGUCAGGUCCAAGAGGAAAUUAACGUCACAGUCACAGAAAUAAAUGCUACUGAAGAAAGUCACCUCGAGUCUGGAGCCAUAGGCCCGAUCUUGGACGGCAUACCAAGAAGGGCAGCUCUUCCUUCUCAAAUAGAUGAGGGAGAAAAUCAACUAGAAUGUAAGACGACAUGAAAUAUAUAUAUAUAUAUAUAAACUACGUUGUAGAAAAAAAAAUGCAGAUUGUAUAAUGUGUAAAUUUAAAUACUACAUAGAUUGUUGAUCCAAUUAGUUUUUGCUUAUAGAAUCUCGUUAUUUUUUUAUAAGUAGUAGUUUAAAAAUCAUUAAUACCAUCAACAACCGUAAAUCAGCGUAUAAUGAAAUCAUUCAUGUCAGUAUGACAGUAGAAUCAAUGACCUUUACAAAAAAAAAAUUAACACCUUCAGUUUAAAAAAAACCCAUACAUUUAAAAAUAACUCACUCCAAUACUUAAAUUGUCAAUCUUUAAAUUGCAGUAUGUCCAUCUAUAUAUUUAAAUAAAUAAUUUUUUUUAAAACUUGAUUAUUUUCAAAGGGGUAUCCCUUUCGAGAAGACCCAGAUCAUCAACAGAUUCUGAUCGUGGCAGUGGAACAAAUGCUGUACACAGUUCGGUUGAACACGACGCGAAUAUUAUAGUGGAGGACGAGACUGAUUUUGGUAUAAGAGAUAAAGAUGAAAAUAACAAGAAAACAAUAAAAAUAUCAUAAGUUAGAGAUUUAUAUAAAAUGUGGGGAUUUUUGUCUACAUGCGCCAAUGUUGAUUUUAAUCCAAUGCGUGGAUACUUAAAAUAAUUCUAUUAGUCAAUUUCCUGUAAUAAAUAAGUCGAAGAGAUAUUCGUAGGCCAAACAUUAAUUACUUGUUACUACAGUGCAUUGCACGUCAUCAGUAAAUAAACUAUUUAGAUUAUUCACUCAACACAUAGUCGCGUGUGUUUGACAUUUUGGGAAACGAUGUACAGCACUGGCAAUCGACCUUAAGUGUUUAAUUUGUUAAAUAUUUCCUUUUUUUCUUUAUGUUUUAUUUUACAGGUUUUCCACCCAGACUCACUCCAGCUAGUGCAUCUAAUAAUGAUCGCCAGCGCAGUAGUAGCCUUAUAUUUUGAUUUAUGUAUUAAUAGGGGAGAGGAUUAAACUAAUUAUUCAAACAGCUUUAAAAAAGUCAAUCAUUACCAAAAAAAAAAAAAAAUUAAAACCCUUAUGUGUCCUUUUUAAAGGGUGCAUUUAUGUGUGUUUGUUUUAUUGAGAAGAAUCAUUAUGUAACGAUUUACCCGGCUUCUGACAUUCUCUCCCUCAGGGUUGCAUCUCUGGGACAAUGGGGCCAGUGCAAGAAAUAAUACCAGGCAGCGCACUGGCCAGUCUGCUGUCGGUUUACCAGCUGCCAAUUACGGAAAAGAGAAUUCUCAAGGUAAGUGUAGAAAAAGAGAAAUACAAACAAAAACAAAGUACACAAUUGGAUGGAAAUCAAACUGAACAGAAAAGAUCACUAUGAGAUUUAAAAAAAAAUAUUUACGUUUGAGUACGUAAAAACAGCUCUACAAAUUUUCAGGAGAAAUAACAAAAAUAAGCACAACAGGAUUUAUUUAUGAAUUUUGCUUGCAAUUAUUUCUCCUUUCUGAGCUAUGCUAUAUCAUAAUAAAUGUCCUUAGUUUCUUGAAUUCAUCUGAUAAAUAGAUUACCAAUUAAAGACAUAAAGCUCCUACCUCAGAUAUACACACGUGGAUGAGUUUGCCGCGACGACUCUACAACCAUAAUAGUUUAUUGUGUCUUAAUUUUUUUAUUUAAAAAAAAGCCAUACGAAUUUACUUGCUCACUGUAAAAUAAUUUCAACAAUUGUAACAAGAUAACUAAAUAGAAGAUCAGGGUUGAUCUGAGCCCAUCCUCUUGUUUAAAGUAGCCCAGAAGACAUCUAAGGACGUCCUAAACUCAACAAACAAAAACCAAAGUUUUAUGACAUUGACCUUCUAAAAAAAAAAGUUACGAGGAUUUAGAAAUAAUUUUGAAAGAAAAAAAAGCAAAAAAAAAAAAAAAAAAAAAAAAAAAAAGACACAAAAAUUAAAAAAAAAAAAAAAAACAAAAAAAAAAAAAACAAAUUUUUAAAAAAUUAAAAUUAAAAAAAAAAAAAUAAGAAGAAUUUAAAAAAAAUUUUAAAAAAAAAAAAAAAAAAAAAAAAAAAAAAAAACAAGCACAAAUGACCCUACAAUUCAAAUCAAAAUAAUAUCCUACAUAGAUGUGUUCAUUCUUAAUAUUUGUUAAACGAAACAGUGAAAAUUAUUUGAACCCAAAGGAAAUCAUACAGUCAGACUUCUUAGGAAGUAAUGUGAUAACUGUUUUUUUUAAUUCAAUGGACGCAAGUAAAGUCUUUGAAGUCUACCAGCUUGGCAUCAUGAUUUUUACUGGCAUUUAAAAUGUAAUAAUAAGUCUUGCCUUAAAUUAUAUCAACUUCAACAGCUUUUAAUACAAAAAUCUUUUUAAAAUUAAUUUUUCCCUAAAACGUGUAUAGAAUAUACCCUGUCGUUUAUAUCUUUUGUUCAUAAAUAUAGAUUUUAAUAUAAAUAUUUGCUUACAUAUUGAUACACCUGAUCAUUGGAACAGGCAUAACGCUUCCGAGGAGACUUAGCAUAUCAACAGCUGUUGAUCGGGGCAAUGGAACAACUACCGUAGAAAGUUCAGGUGAUCACUUUGCGAAUAUUGUCGAGGAGGACGAGACUAGUUUCGGUAUGAAAUAAAAAGAAGAAAAUAGCAAGAAAACAAUAAAAAUAUCAUAAGUUAGAAAUUUAUAUAAAUAUGCGGAUUUUUUAGAACAUUGAAGAAGAACAAUUCUUGGGUAUCUAUUGAAAUAAAGUUAAACAAAAAUAAUUGAAAUUCUAUUCUGGAACAUGAUUUUACUGUAGCCGUUUGCUAUUAUAAGAUUUGUUAAGACAAGGUUACAUAAUGAAGAAGUAUUUAAAAACAGAUAAAUUUACAAGAAAAUCUUAACUUUGAUUUAGUUAUAUUUUCUUCAUCGUCGCUCUUGUACAUUUAUAGCCUCAUGUAUAUUUUCAUACACGUAUUAAUUGGAGAGAACAUGCAAUUAAUAGUUUAAAAAGGGUAAAGAAAAAAAAAAAAAAAAAAAAUCAUCCUAUUCCCCCAUUUGUAACCAAGGCAUUUUGAAGAAUGGAUAUAUUUGGAUUCCCCAGCUUUAUUUUCUUCAUCGUCUCUCUUGUACAUUUAUAGCCUCAUGUAUAUUUUAAUACACGUAUUAAUUGGAGAGAAAAUGCAAUUAAUAAUUUAAAAAGGGUAAAAAAAAAAAAAAAAAAAAAAAUCAUCCUAUUCCCCCAUUUGUAACCAAGGCAUUUUGAAGAAUGGAUAUAUUUGGAUUCCCCAGCUUCUGAGCCUUAUUCCAUUAACCUGUGGGACAAUGAGGCCAGUGCAAGAAUAAAUCGAAGCCAGCGCACUGGCCAAUCUGCUGGCGUCUUAGGAGCUGUCAGUUCAAGAACAGAGAACUCUCAGGGUACGUCUAGGAAAGAGAGAAGCACUAAGAAAAACAAAGCGGACACCUAGUUUGAAAUACAAUUAAGAGAACGAUUUAUAUGAUAUUUUAUUAAAUGUUAACAAUGAGUAUUUAGUCACAACUCUAUCAAUGUGCGGGGGGGGGGGGGGGGGGAAUCAUUACACGAUUCAUUCUGAAUCUCAAUGUAAAUAUUAUGUGAUCUAAAAGCUCUGAAAUAUCAGAUGAUUUUUUAAUAAACAGAUAAGCAACUCAAGACAUCUAGCUACCCUUGUUGAUAAUUUAGCCAAUAAGACUAUCGAAUUUUUUUUUUUAUUACAACCAACAUUUCUCUAGUAUCGCGCAGGACAAAACAUUUGAUGGCUUAUUCUAAAAUCAUUUCAAAGAUUUUAAAUUUAAAAAAAAAUUAAGUAAAAUAGUAUAGUUUUUGAUGCCACUUAGAAAAAUGCAAUGAGACUUUAGACAUGAUUUUAAAAAAAAAACUGAAAUACAAUUUAAAAACAUCACAAAUAUAUCUAAAAACUUCCUUUCGAAAAAAAAGAAUAAUAUAAAUAAGCAUGAUUAUUCUAAAAUCAAAAGCUAAAAAAAAAAAGACUCUUGUACUGAUCCAAAUAAAUAAAAAUGUGUUAUGAUUACAGCGGCUACAGAUAUGGAGGCACGUUCUAUUUAAAAGACGAUUUUAAAACUAUAAAAAUUUAAGCGUAAGAAAAGGGGAGCCAUACACUUGGAAUUCUUAGGGAGCGAUGUCAAGACUUGGUUUAUACAUAUGAAUUUAAUGUUAAGUUUAUGAAGUCUGUUGAAGUCUGAUAUACCUGACCUCAUAAUAUUUUGUAAUGACUAUCUUUUAUCGAUUUUAACAAUAGAUACUUUCAUUCUUGUCACCCAGAGGUCUAUUGAAUCUAUUAUGUUGGCCCCAAUUUAAUUUAAUGCAAUACAAAUUAAAUAAUUAGACAUUUUAAAUUGAUUGGGUAAAAAAAAAUUGGUCUAAUAACAUUUGUUUUCACAAUAGGAGCCUUUUCGACAUUCCCAUUGGUGACCGGAGAUACUCUCAACCCAGAGCUGCACGUGGACCUAAAUGACGCAAUCACAUUGCGUGUAGCAGGAAAUGCGGCAGAAAUUUUCCCUCUCAUUGACAUCGAUGUAAACAGAAGACAGGGUGUGUUAUGUUUAGAAAGCACUAUUAAAAAAACCCAAAUAAUAUAGGUUUUGUCAGUCAAAUAAUGUACACUGUGUGGCGGAGGCACCUUAGGUCAAAGAUUGAGACCUAUUUUUUAAUGUUACCCCAGUGGUUCUUAACGUGGGUCAAAUGACCCCUGUCUCCCGGUAUCCCAAGCGUAUUUAUGGAAGAGAUCACGAGAAAUUCGUAUAAUAGAUUUUAUUUAAAUAAAAAAGAAGUUAUUUUAUGUAAUUAAUAGGAAAGGAAACAGAGGUCAAUAAAAGAAUAAACUAGGCAAUGAGUAAUAAAAAGGUUAAAAACGCAGUUCUAGCAUAGGAUUAAAAAGCAUAAAAUGAGCAAAGAGUUUUGUUUGAGUCUAUAUGAUAUGUAGGUUGUACAUUUUCUUUACAUUUCCAACAAGAGGCUCUUUAACCAAAGUGUCCAUUAACUAAACUUUUACAAUUUCCUUAAUUUUUGGAUAUUUAAUGGGGUGGCGCUUUCGUCCCAAUUCAUAUAUUUUUUUUCUCGUGGCAUCGUGAGGCGAAAAUCUUGGCCUUCCUCGUGCGGCACAUACCAAUAACUACGUCAACGAUAGCAUGAUUCUCUUCACAUCCCUGUCGACAACGCUGAGAUUUUUAUGCUCAUGGCUUAAAAUAAAAACAUUCAAAUCCUUAAAAGAUAGAAGUAAAAUAUAUUUAAAUGAAACGACAAAUUUUAACAAUGUGAAAUUAAAUAUUCUUUAACUUUGUAAAUUAAUUUAAAACAGAAUAAAUGCAAUCACUGAAAUUAAAAUGUUAAAAAUCCAAAUUUUAAAAUAAAAACCUAAAACUUAUAAAUGCUUUAACAUUUUUAAAAUUAUUAUAAAAUUCAAAUACAUUAUAUACAAUUUUAAACAAAUAAAUAAAAAGUUUAAAUAUUAAAAAAAAAAAAGAAAGAAUUAAUUUAAAAUGAUUGCUAUCCAAUAUUUUACCAGCAAUCAAUAUAUAUCUUUUUGUUAAUAUCGAACUGACAGACCGAGUUUUAAUGGAGCUGAUUUCAACAUCUGAAAAGGAUGAACAAUCGAUUGGGAUUUUAGACUCCACGAUAAUAAUUCGUCAACAAGGCGAUGUGCAUGAAAUGGUAAACUUUGAGCAAGAAGACAUCAUUAUACAUCCAUCUCAGGAGUAAGUUUAGUUUCACUAAAUUUGUAGUAAGGCCCACCAUUAAGCACUCACACAACACACAAGAGAACACCAAUAUUAAAAGAUAACAAAAAAUGCACAAAGGUUAUUAGAUGCAAGCCUAAUCCAUAAUUGAGAUAAAACGGAUAAAUCGUUUUUUUUUUCAUUUGAUGUCGGAUAUUUCCAUUGAAAGUCAUAUACUUUUAAAUAUGCCAUGGAGAUCCACUGGACGUCGUGCAUUUUCCAUGGCUGGCGUGUAUUUUCUCCGCGUAUCGUGAAUUUCAUCUUGUUCUUGUAUUUCUGAGAAUGGCGCGUAUUUUUUUAAAAAAAUUGGGAUGUCAUAUAUUUUGAGUGACAUUUGCGGUUUAUUGUAUUUCCCCUGACACACAAAAAAAGUCGAUUUCCUGUUAGAAUUUACAAUUAUUCAACGUCCAACAAAUGCGUUUUAUCAUUACGCUUAGUCUGUAUUCACCUUUUGCAAUACAGUUCGGUUAUAAAUGAGUUUACAUUCAUGAUGUGUUGUUUCUUGUAUUCCAUUUUGAGCUAUAAAAAAAAAAUGGUGUUUCUUGGUGUAAACAUGUUUAUGCCGUUUCGCCUGCAAAAAAAACCUCUUGGUGCUUCAUAAACUUCCCAAUAUACUAUACUCCAAACAAACACCGAAAUGCUACAUUUAAAAAAAAAAUUGUUUACACGUAUAACGAAUUAACUAGAUCAUAUUAGCAAUAUUUUUGUCUGUUUAAUAGUUAAACAAAAAAUGUAUUAUUUAUUGUCCACAGCGAGGGAUAAAGAUGGAAAAUACCUUGAGGGCAAAGUCAUAGAAAUCAUGCUUUCAAUCAGUAAGUGCGACUUCAUGGACUUCAUGCUUUCUAGAAGAUGCAAGGUUAUGUGCACAGAAACUUACAUUUAGUGGGAUUUUUUUAACGAUGUAUGCAGCUUUUUUGUUAUAAUGUGAUUGCUUCUGUGUAUGUAUUCAUUUACCAAAUUACGUUUUUAAGACUUCCCACUCACUCCCCAAAAAUUGAAAGAAAAGAACAAUGGAUCAGAGUAACAUUGAUUUAAAGUGACAGUUUAUUUGGAAAAAUGCUUAGUGUGAAAAAGAUGUGAUACAAAAUUCCCAAUUUUUAAAAAAAUGUGUGUACCUCUUCUCGAGAAAUACAUUUCAAAAUCCACGAAUACCAUUUUUUAAAAAGAAUUUUUGUUUUUGAAUUUUAGAAAUACUUAAAUAUUUAUAAAAGUUCGAGAUAAAUAAAAUAAUUAAUUUUUAUAAACUAUCCCCAAAUAUAAUUUAAAAUAUUAUCAAGAACUUAUUCUAAAAAUUCGUUAAACAGUUUACUGAUGUAGAUAUUUUUUUUAUAAAUGUAUCAUUAUAUUUAGAAAUGCACUUAUAGUUUUUUUGUAUAUUCAGCUUAUAUGUAUAUAUAUUCAUUUGUAUGCCCUGAACAUGUAAAUCAAUUUGAGCUCACAGCUGAUCCGUUACACAACAAAGAAACCAGCAGAAUACAGUUAUCGCAAUACAUUAGCAAAAAGAAAAAAGAAAUCUUCUAGCCCCCCCCCCCCAAAGCCUGCUAUGUCCAACACCAUAACCCCCUUAACUUCCCCAGCAGCCAUUUCCCCAAAUUAAAACAAUUUGAGCUCACAGAUGAUCCGUUCAACAACAAAAAAACCAACAGAAUAAAGUUAUCCCAAUACAUUAGCAAAAAGAAAAAAAAAAUCUUCUAGCCCCCCCCCCCCCAAAGCCUGCUAUGUCCAACACCAUAACCUCCUUAACUUCCUCAGCAGCCAUUUCCCCAAAAUAGAAAUGUCUCAUGAUCCAGUACAGCAUUUGGAUCCUAUCAGCUCCCAUGUACUUACUACCCAGUCUCCAAACGUAAUCCAAUCGUUUCCCAAAGCCUUACACACAUCUCACGUAGAGGGAAGUAAAUUAAUUUUAAAAUGAGUGAUUUCUUCCAUUUCUAAAGGCAAAUAAUGGUCCGCGGAAAUGAAAACAAUGAAAAAGAAGCGAGACCGUGAGAAAACAAACACUCAUAUUUACUGAAACAACUUGAGCUUUAAACUACUCUUGUUGUUGUUGUUUUUUUUAAUUUUAAAAAAAAAAUUGUUUGGAAUCUAAACAACCCUUAGUCAUUUCACAUGAACGUCGCGGUUUAGAUUUUACUUAAACGAAAAAAAAAUAACACUCUUAUAUUAAAAGAAAAGUUAUCCUAACUAGGAUGAAAACCCAAAGGAAAUGUAAAUUUUUCAGUCAAAUAUAAUUAAUGGCAAUUUUAACUCACCGAAAUAUUCAUAAGAUGAUUGAAAUUAGAACUUAACAGCUAGAGUCAAACUUCACUGUGAACAUUGUGUUAAUGCUAAACUCACCUCACUAUCAAUAUUUUUAUAUUAUAUUUUAUAGACGAUGAAGCUUUCAAACUGCUUUCUUGGCUGAGAUGUGUUAAAGCGAAUGGGAGACUUAUGAAAUUUUUCGAACAUUAAGAAAUCGGACGAAACUUGAAAUUACAAUGGAUAUGAUUGAUACUUAAUCUAUAUCAGUCGGUAAAACCACAGAAAAAACAACCAUUCUAAAUUGAAAUCGCAACCCAUGGGUUAGGAAUCCGGGAAUCUAAUAAGAAAUUUAAAAAAAAACCAAAAAAAAACCAAUCUCAAUUCAGAUAAAAACAUGGAUGGGUCUAAUAAGAUAUGUCGUUAACAGACAAUGAUAAAUAAAAGCUAUUUCCACAUCAGAUACAUCCACGCAUGGGCCAAAUGAGAUAUCUUUGGAACAGCAAAUAAGAGAUUAGAGCAAUUAUCACAUGAUUAACAUCAAUUCAUGGGCCAACUGAGAUAUGUUGUUAACAGUAAACCAGAAAUCACCAGCAGUUAUCUUUAAAAGAACGAUCUGGAAAUAAAUGUUAAAACAUAAAAAAAAAAAAUCCAAUCUCUGGCAUCCUACUUUGAAAUUUCCUUCGCAUGCUAGCUUUUCAAGAGUUUUGCAUUAUCAUAUUUCGUCUCUGAUAACAAAUUUAAAAUCCUGGUCAUUUAUCAACAAAAGGA